AUGUCGGACCCAGCUAACCGUCGAGCUUCCUCGUCCACAUCUUCACUUUCUUCGACAUCCGAGACUGCGCCCCAGCCAGAGGCUCCCCCACAGCCUCAACCCUCACCACAAUCCUCAGAGCCCAGUGACCCUCGUCGCAAAAACCCGUUACUGCAUCGUGCGAUCCAGAGGAUCAUCAAACCCCCGCGCAGAGAGCGAGGUUCAACUUCGCGGUGGGCUGCAUUGGCCCGGCGUAGAGCUCAGGGCCUAGUAGAACCGUUGGCGUCGUCGCCAUUGCGUGGAGUAUCCACGGUCAUGUCCAGAUCCGCUUCUCCUGAGAGACAACUUGCGCGUGGUGAAGAUACGCAUGCUCAGCGGGACGUGAGGGAUGGAUCUUCCCAGGGUGAUCGUCGAGCUCCCACUGCUCGAGAGGCGGCCAUAGAGGAGGAUGCAAAGUCGGAUGUGUCCACUCUGUCAUCCGACCAAACUGUGGUGAAGAAAAAGACCCAAGGUCGAAAAGCCAUGGCCGCCAUGAUGUCGGGAUUAGAAGGGCGCUUGUUCCCUCGAAGUUUGUCUCGUGGGCGCGAGUCCAGUCGUGGUCCCUCGUCACGCAGCCGCACUUCCUCGUUGGACUCACGCGCUGGCCCAUCCACCGCACGUCUCAGUCGCUCUGCAUCUCCCACCAACCGCAAACCUCCUUCCUCAUCUCACCCCGACACUCCUGCUUCCUCCUCGUGCAAGGAAAAAUCCUUCAGAAUGGACCCGGCUCGUAAUAAAUCCGACGACGCUCUGGUCAGCAAAUCUGAAACCAUGCCCACCUACGUCCGGCCCACUGAACACGCCGAGCCCGGAGAGCGCGUGGCCAAGGAUGUUUUUGAUCGUGAAAACAAAAUGCUGGCAAGCAGUAGUGACGACGAUCACAACGGAGAUGACAGCGAUGACGACGGCGAUGAUGAGGAUGGUGAUGACGAUGAAGAAAGCGAUGAUGCACAAGGCGACGAUGAAGAUUCUGAUGAAGAUGAGCCCAGUCUCCCCGGCGUCACCUUCGUCACUGCCGGCCGGGGUCGCCAGACAAAGUCUCGCGCUAGCGGCCCCUCGAGCAACACCAGAUCGGGUGAAGCCAGUGGCUCUCAGGAGUCCAAGCCCGCGUCUCAAGACACCCAGCCUCCUUCCUCCAAGCACAACAUCCCGAACCAGGACCGCAAGCCUGGAAAGUCUGUGCUGAAGAGCGUCGUCCGGCCUCAGACCAAUUUUGAGGUCCCCACCCCCCGUGCUCGGUCCGCUGCUGGCACCCCAUGCGGAUCCGACGAUGAGGAGGAGGAGGCUGCCAUUAACCGGGCUCAACGACUGAGCAUCUACGUGUCGGCCAUCGACAAUCGUGUCCCCAACCGCUCGAUUCGAACCAUCGUCCGCGGUGAGUUCGAUGAGAUCCAGCAAGAGGCGGCUGAGGGACGUCGCCGACAACGCAAGUACCUGGUGGCCACCGAUCUGAGCCAGGAGUCCGAAUACGCCCUGGAGUGGACCAUCGGGGGUCUGCUGCGCCCCGGUGAUACCAUGUAUGCGAUUUUCGCCAUACAUGAGGACGCCAAUGCCGGCGCGGUCCAGGUGGGUGAAGGCGCCAAGGCCAUGCAGGAUGCCGUCGCCGUCGUCGGAAACCAGACGAAGGAGGCUUCCGGAGCGUCCCGCACUGGCACCCUCAACCUCCUGGGUCGGCUGAGUUCCGGGGUCGCUGGCAAGACCAGCUCCGUUGAGACCCGUGUUUCCCCCGCCGCGGAGGCCGAGCGAGUUCGUGCUGUGGAGAAAAUCUCUGAUAUCUGUAUCGGAUUUCUUCGCAAGACGGGCUUGUCAGUACGUAUUGCGGUGGAAGUGAUCCACUGCAAAAGCCCAAAGCAGAUGAUCACUGAGGCUAUCGACGAACUGGAGCCAACGCUGGCAAUUGUGGGUGCUCGUGGCCAGAGUGCCUUGAAAGGAGUCCUGUUGGGCUCCUUUUCAAAUUACCUGAUCUCCAAGUCCUCCGUUCCGGUGAUGGUUGCCCGUCACAAGCUCCAGCGCCAGCUGGCCACCUCGCAGACGACCAUGAGGCUGGCGAACAACCUGACCGCCUCCAAGACCUUGCGGGAGAAGCUCGAGGCGGAGGCCAAGGAGAAGGCCAAGGCUGAAGCCAAGGCAAAGGCUCAGGCGAAAGCCGCGAGUAAGCCGGGUGGCACGGCCGACAAGGCCCCCUGA